GUAGCCCUGUGACGUCUCCCUCCUCCCCGAAGAACUUACGGGGGCAGCAUCCGGUGAUUUUAGCCACCGGGACACAAAAACGAGAAAUACCCGAGUCUGCCGGACUUGAGGCUCGGAAGGAGGGCUGAACUUGCUACCCAGGAGGCUCACCAUCAACCCGAACCGACUCUUCAACCACGGCUGAGCUCAGCAAGCUUCUCGCCUUGCUGAUCAGCCAGCUAGCCGUAAGCUUCCCCCCUUUAACCCGGAGCGGCGGCGGUAGCAGCUGUGACAACAAAAACCGAGGAAACCGAGCUGUCAGCGACCAGCUCAGCAAAAAAGGACCCUGGAAAUCAAGCAGGUUCGCCUAAUAGACUGUCAGCUUUACUGGUAGGCUGUUUUAGGGUUGUCGACUUGAGUCCUGCCAUGAAUGGUUAAAGGGAAACCCUGUAAAAUACGGAAAAUAUCGCCUACAAACAAGGCUGCCAGCUGAUCAGAAAGCCCGGUGCUCAGGUGAUUCUAACUGACAACACGGCUGUUUUCCAGCUUUCUGUAGGGUUAGUUUCAGAACAGGGGACGAAGCGAAAAGCACAGCUGGGGUGGUUUAGUCUGACAGCAGCCCAUCCUGUCUGGCUGUGUUCAAAGGGAAAAGCCGGCUUCUCUUACUUCCAUGCUUGUUUAACUUAGAGGUCUGAGUUUGUGUACUUUGUGUUGUGUCAGUGUCGAGUAACAUGCCAGCGUGUCAGGUAAGUCCGGGACGUGUAGAGGCGGCCAGGUAAGGCGAGCUGGUGAAAGAAGAAGAGCUGAGAAUUUAGAAUAAAAGGGCCUUAUUUCCUCCUUUAAGCUCUGCCUUGUUCUCUUGUAGGCCCUUUUGUACUUUUCAAAGCAAAAGAACUAACAAAAGGACUGCUCAGAAGACCCUUACAGAAGCCCACUGUCAGCAUGGACCUCUGACAGGUGAAGGAGUGAGUCUGAACAGGUGGAGCUUGACCAUCGUUGGCGUUUGGUGUUAUCUGAGUUAAAAUAUGCUUCAGAGAUGGUGCAUUUAUAGCAUUUAUAAGGUGGCAUAGAGUUCAGAGAGGAUGGCUUGCUGAGUACAGUCAUGGUUAGAGGCUGCCUGUCGUGACACCAAGUUAUAUAAGAGUCGUGUGGAGGUUGGGGAUGUUUCGUCCGGCGACGAUGUCGCCCGCUUUCGUGCUGCUGCUGCUGGGCUUCUCCGUCCGGCUCUCUCAAGCCAUGACCAGAGACGAGAAGCACAGACUGAGGAAUCAGGUGGUGGAGAUGUUUGACCACGCUUAUCAGAAUUACAUGGACCAUGCCUACCCAGCAGAUGAGCUGAUGCCUUUGACGUGCCGAGGACGGGUACGAGGGUUGGAGCCCAGUAGAGGAGACGUGGACGACGCUCUGGGGAAGUUUUCUCUCACCCUCAUCGACACUCUUGAUACUCUGGUGCUGCUGAAUAAGACGGCGGAGUUUGAGGAAGCUGUGAAAAGGGUACUGAAGGACGUCCGUCUGGACAAUGAUAUUGUGGUGUCAGUCUUCGAGACCAACAUUCGAGUGCUGGGGGGGCUGCUGGGGGGACAUUCGAUGGCAGUGAUGCUGAAAGAGAGAGGAGAGCGCAUGCUCUGGUAUCAGGAUGAACUCCUGCACAUGGCCAAAGACCUGGGGAUUAGACUACUGCCUGCAUUCAACACCAGCAGCGGCCUGCCUUACCCCAGAGUCAACCUGCGGCAUGGAGUUCAGGGUCCUGAGACUCGAACAGGCACUGAGACGGACACCUGUACCGCCUGUGCCGGCACCAUCAUCCUGGAGUUUGCUGCUCUGAGCCGCUUCACCGGUGACCCUGUGUUUGAGGCCCAUGCAAGGAGAGCUAUGGACUUCCUGUGGGAGAAAAGACAAAGAAACAGCAACCUAGUGGGAAAAACCAUCAAUAUCCACUCUGGAGAGUGGGUUUGCAGGGACAGUGGCGUAGGAGCAGGCAUUGACUCAUACUACGAGUACCUCCUGAAGGCCUACAUUCUUCUAGGAGACGACCAGUUUCUUCAGCGCUUCAAUAUUCACUAUGCGUCCAUAAUGAAGUACAUUAGCCAGCCUCCCCUGCUGCUGGACGUUCACAUCCACAAACCCCUGCUGCCCGCCCGCACAUGGAUGGACUCCCUACUCGCUUUCUUCCCUGGUCUGCAGGUGUUGAAAGGGGAUAUCCGGCCAGCCAUUGAAACCCAUGAAAUGCUGUAUCAAGUCACCAAAAAACACAACUUCCUUCCUGAGGCGUUCACUACGGAUUUCAGGGUACACUGGGCACAGCAUCCUCUGAGGCCAGAAUUUGCUGAGAGCACUUACUUCCUUUAUAAGGCUACGAGGGACCCGUAUUACUUGGAGGCAGGACGGACUGUUCUGGAGAACCUGAACCGCUUCGCUCGCGUCCCCUGCGGCUUUGCUGCCAUGAAGGACGUCCGCACAGGAAGCCAUGAGGACCGCAUGGACUCGUUUUUCCUGGCGGAGACGUUUAAGUACCUGUUCCUGCUGUUUGCUGAGGAGGAUGAUUUGCCCUUUGAUGUGGAGGAUUAUGUUUUCACCACUGAGGCUCACCUGCUUCCUCUCUCACUCUCCACAGCCCUGCGCUCAGACCUGCCCCCUACAGACAACUCCACGGCAACAGAAGAGCUUGAUGACUCAAACUUUGAAUGGACAUGUCCCAACACCCGCCUUCUUUUCCCUGACCCCGCCUACCCACGGAACUUUAGGGAACCAAUCAGGAGUGUUGUGGACAAGAGUUGUCCUCGUCCUGCACUCCCUCGGGAGCCUGGAAUUGGUCGUGCUCCGCUCAGGGCUCAGGACUUCAUGGCUAAUAACCCAGAGCACCUGGAGCUCCUGAGAAGAAUGGGGGUCAGUCUGAUCCACCUGAAAGAUGGCAGAGUGCAGCUCGUUCAGCAUGCUACCCAAGCUGUGAGCGCUGUGGCUGCUGAAGACGGGAUGCGCUUCAUGCAGGAAAUGAUGGAGCUGUCCAGCCAGCAGCAGAAAGAGCAGCUUCCCCCUCGCGCCGUGCAGAUCAUAUCACACCCCUUCUUCGGCAGAGUGGUACUGACCGCUGGACCGGCGCAGUUUGGAAUGGACCUUUCAAAGAGCAACUUGGGGGUGCGGGGCUUUGUGACGGUAGCUGAGCCGUAUACAGGCUGUUCAGAGUUGAGCAAUGCUGAGUUUGUGGCUGGCCGUAUUGCUCUGCUGCAGAGGGGUCAGUGCAUGUUUGCUGAGAAAGCCAGAAACAUCCAGAAGGCUGGAGCCAUCGGAGGCAUCGUCAUAGAUGACAACGAGGGCAGCAGCAGUGACACGGCACCGCUCUUCCAGAUGGCGGGAGAUGGCAGGAGCACUGAUGACGUCACUCUGCCUCUCCUCUUCCUGUUCCACAAAGAAGGGAACAUCCUGCUGGAGGCGCUGAAGGAGCACAGGGAGGUGGAGGUGCUGCUCAGUGAGAAAGCGCGAGAUAGAGAAGCCAUAUUUAAAGGGAAAGCCCUGCCGGGCGCCCUGUUGGAUGGCAGUGGGGACGAAACAGAAGAAGAGGACUGCUGCACAGAGGACCACAGCUCCCCCACCCCCUCAGCAGACUCUGACCAAUCCCAGUUCACCACUCAGGAACAAAAGAUAGUGGAGGAGGAGUCAGAAAAGCCAGAGGCUGGGCUUAGCAACGAAACACCAGCGUCUGCAGGGGAGGAACCUGUAGAGGAAGAAGAUGCCAACAACCAAUCAGUAGACUCUUUAAUGGCUGACUGGCAGGAGGACUUGGAGGCCUUUAAGCAGAUGGAGAAGGAUGAACUUUGACCUCCUCUGUUGACCACGGGUAGGUCACGUAACAGCCAUAACAAAAAAAAAAAAAGACUGACUGAAGCGUCGGCUCAGACAAAUGUGGACACUUUCAGACACACCUGAUGAUGAGCUCUGGCUUUAUGAGCAGAGUUCAGUCACCUGUGUGUCAAUCUCAGGUGCUUCUCACUGAGCGUAAUGCUCACCUGUGCAAGCUCAAACUCACCUGGACCUAUUGUGCCCAGCACCCUUCUCCCACCAAACUCAAAACGCGGUCCAAACCAGCUCAUCUUUGCUGUCGUCUUCCUUCUUUCGAAAUCUGUGCUCAUGAAAACAUGGGUUUAAGUUAUGAACAUCCGUUUAAGUGAUUUAAGAGCUUGCUGGAACUGUGACGAAUCAUUUUUACGCAAUAGGGUUUAUAGGCCUUCUAAUUUAAUUUCUCAGAGUUUACAGGGUCGUUGUUGAGAAACGAGAAUGAUUUACAUGGGAAAGCAGGCCAUAGGAACUUUGCAGAAUCAGAUGACUGUAUAUAUGUAUGUACGUAUGGUUGUAUGAAUGUUCGUGUGUGCGUUUGUAAGUCUGUCAUUUCUGGAAUAGUCUGAGAAUCAAACUCUUUAAUCGUGUGCCUCAGUAUCGGUUGAUUUCUGCUUCUCAUACUCACCCUUAACACUCCACACACUUCCUGACUAAGGAAGGUAAAACGUGUUUGGAGCCAUUGAGCCAUGUGAGAAAAACAAGCGGUGGCUCUAUUCAGCAGUUGACUUUGUAAGGAAGCUUUUGAGCACGAGUCUCAAAGGUCAGUUAUUUAUCAUGCUGAACAGGUAGCCAACUGUCCAUAACUGUGUGCAUUAAAACAUAAAAGGCAGAAGACAUGAGGUUAGAGCAUCAGCUUUGGUAAAUGUGGGCCUCUGAGUCCAAAUAAUGUUGACUACCGUUGCUCAUUCGAGGGUCCAAAAGAGGUGUGAAAUCUAUACUGUCCACCAGAGGGUGCUGUCGCUUCAUGACUGCAAAAAAGGACUCGCUGACUGAUCUUGACAACAAGGCAAGAAGAAAAUAAUGUCAUAAACUGGAAAAUGAACUUGUUGAAGGCAUUCAAUGCAUUUAGAGUUAAUCAGACUCUUAUCUUUUUUACAUUUGAAUGGGACUGUAUGAAGAGAUUGUUAUGAAAAGAGUGAAAUCAGCAGGUUGUGCCCAAUAAAUGGUUAACACACAAA